AUGGAUACUGAAAAUUUGAUGAAGCUCUCUCUUCUCCAACGCAGAAACGGCACGGUUUCACACACCAUAGACUUGGAACUCGUCUCCCUCAACAAAUCUUCCGAUGAUCCUCUCCCAUGUUACACUUCCCUCAAGGACAUCCUCCCUUCUACGACCACCACCAUCGAUUCCCCAUCCGUCUCCGCCGUAGGUCCCACCAUCUCCAUCCGCAACCGCCUUGUUAAGCAAGCCGCUUGCGCCUAUCUUCAACCUUCUACUCCAACUCCUUCGUCUAAUCCUUCAUUCAUCGGCCGUGUCUCCUCCUCUUUCAUCCGCCUCUUCUCCGCCUUCUUCAGUUCUCUCCUCCGCAUAUUCCCCUCUCCUUUGAAAUUCUUCGGAGCUUAA